AUAAUCAUACACUAACAAUUGUUGUUGAGAUGUUUAAGAGUACUUACAUGUUUUCCCGUCAGAAUUCGGACCUUCCGGAUGGUUCGAGAAACUUAUUAAUUUAAUCCGUAGCAAAACCCUAAAUUCCUAAAAAGCCGAUUCUAACAUUCAACCCCAGAAAAUCUCCGAUCUCUGGCCCUUUUACCCCUAAAUUUCGACCCCUCUCUCCAUCUUAAAUUUCAGUGCAGAUCAUGGGCAUAAUAAAAAGCAGUUUUUCGUUCAUCGUAGGAACAGUUUGCGGGGUUUACGUUGCCCAAAAUUACAACGUUCCGAACAUCAAAAAGCUGGCCGAUACUGCCCUCUUCAUGGUCAAGCAUGUCGAAGAGAAGUACCGUAAGCCCAAGAACAGGGACGACGAUUAGCUCCUCUAUACGAUUCACUUUUCUGAAACUGUUAGAGUCAGCAGGUUCUAUUUUAUUUUAUUUUUCUUUUCAGGGAAACAAAAAGGAAUUAUUUUGUCGGAUCAAAUACCAUAUUGCGAUUCUGUACAUGGGGAAAAGAGAGAGGAUAAAUUAGUGACAAAUUUGGUGCAUAAUGAUAACUUAGUGCUCUUUCAUUCAAUUGGAGACGCCUAAACUUACAUAUAUAUAUUUUUUAAAGCGUUACGUUGUUC